CGGCUAAGGAGCGGCGCUGGUGCUUAGGAAGCUGGGAGGCAGGCGCGCGGCGGGCAGGCCUGGAGGGGGCGGGUCCGCGCGGGCUUAAGUGCCGCCCGCCAAGCCUGAGGAGAGGCGAAGGGAGGUCACUGCGUGAAGGUGUGUAUCCGCUACGGUCGUGCUGAGUGCCUCCCAGAGCUGAGAGCGUCCGGAACAACCAUGUCCUACUGCCGGCAGGAAGGGAAGGAUCGGAUCAUAUUUGUGACCAAAGAAGACCAUGAAACUCCGAGCAGUGCAGAGCUGGUGGCUGAUGACCCCAAUGAUCCCUAUGAGGAGCACGGAUUGAUACUGCCCAAUGGAGACAUUAACUGGAAUUGCCCAUGUCUUGGGGGAAUGGCCAGUGGCCCCUGUGGGGAACAGUUCAAGUCUGCCUUUUCCUGCUUCCACUACAGCAAAGAGGAGAUCAAGGGAUCAGACUGUAUAGACCAGUUCCAGGCCAUGCAGGAAUGCAUGCAGAAAUACCCGGACCUCUAUCCCCAAGAUGAUGAUGAUGAGGAGGGCAAAGCCACGGAGCAGGUGGAAGAAACAGCUGCUGCUAAAGCCUCUGCAGCCAAAGAGCAGGGGUCAAGCUCCUGAAGCCACAGACCCUGGCUGCCACUUGCCAUGGGACUUCAUGCACAAUGCCUUUUGGUCACCUCUGUGAAAGCUCUUUCCCU